UUCUUUCGUUCAAUCCAAGGUUUACCAGAAAUUGUAAAAAUGAGCAAUGAAAACGAUGAUCUGUCUCCACAAAGACGUGCCCCUCGUUUGAAUGAGAGGAUCCUAUCAUCUAUAUCCAGGAGGUCUGUUGCUGCUCAUCCUUGGCACGACCUUGAGAUAGGACCUGAAGCUCCAAGUGUUUUCAAUGUUGUCAUUGAGAUUUCAAAAGGAAGCAAAGUCAAAUAUGAGCUGGACAAGAAAACCGGUCUUAUUAAGGUUGAUCGCAUCCUAUACUCUUCAGUGGUUUACCCUCAAAACUAUGGCUUCAUUCCCCGAACACUCUGUGAAGAUAAUGACCCAAUGGAUGUAUUAGUCCUCAUGCAGGAACCUGUCCUUCCAGGUUGUUUCCUUCGAGCUAGGGCGAUAGGUCUGAUGCCUAUGAUUGAUCAGGGAGAGAAAGAUGACAAGAUCAUAGCAGUGUGUGCUGAUGAUCCAGAAUAUCGCCACUACACUGAUAUAAAGCAGCUCCCCCCUCACCGCCUGGCUGAAAUUCGCCGCUUUUUUGAAGACUACAAGAAGAAUGAAAACAAAGACGUUGCUGUUGACGAUUUCCUGCCUCCAAGUUCUGCUGUCAAUGCCAUUCAGUACUCCAUGGAUCUGUAUGCUGAAUACAUAUUACACAGCUUGAGGAAGUAGGUACAAUGGGACACAUAUAAACAGAGUAUCUAUAGGUACAAUGGGAAAUGAAGACUGUAACAAGUUAUCUUAAUGAUUUGCCAUCAUAUUGUUUUUUUUUGUACUGCUAUUUUCUCUUUGUUGAAUUUUUGUGUUGUAUGAUGUUAUGACUUAGCAAGGGUUUAUCCCUUGCUGCUCUAAAUUUGUACUGUUUUAAUUAUGUUGACAUUCACUAUUGCUA